ACUGCAGCAGCCGCAGCAGCUGCUGCUGCAGCAGUAGCACUGGUAACUGCAAUUCCUCCUUCGCAGCAUCGCAAUUUCGUAGUUCCGGGAUCUACUGAUGCUCCCUCGGUGCCAGUCUGUCUCUCGUCAUCAUCACCUUCGCAACCAGCAGCAGCACCAACACCGACACACACAGUAACUUUUCACGGUCGUACAACCCCGGAUUUGCAUAUCUGUGAAUUUCGAAAAGAUGCACCGGAUGAGAGUCGCCCCGAAAAUACACCACGUCGGUUGCGCCUAAAAACAUCGUCCGACGGUGCUCCACCUCGGCCCCCAUCUUUUGCCCCACGUUCCAGCUACAGUCGACCAGCAACAUGGCAGGAUGGACCACCACCACCGCCACCGCGCAGACAAUCGUCAACAUUUUUCAUCUCAAAUCCUUCAACAGCACCGGCAACUGCAGCAGGAGCAAGGAUUUACACAAGACCAGCACCAUCGCUACCACUUUUGCCCCUUGGACAAGCGUAUAGUCGCAGCAACAGCCAACGACGCUUCCCCGUAGAAACGCAAACACGUUAUGGAAAUGAUACAUUUAAUAAUGAAUCUUUAUAUGGAUAUAAAAGUUUACAAGGAUUCAGAAGCAACAGAGAAGGAAAUGAUACAAUCAGGAAAUCGUUUCUUACCGCAACUGGUCAUGUAAUAGCGGGUUCGACAACCGUACAAACAGCCUAUGGCUGUGCUAAUAUCACCUAUACCGCUGCAGGCACAGCA